AUGGAGGGGAAGAAGUUUAACUUCGGGAAAAUUCUCUUCAGCAACACCACCAUUUUCCUGAGAUUUGAAGGGGAUGAAAAAGCUUGUGAUCCCUCCCAAAGUUACAAUGUUACUUGGUACUUAAGAUAUUCUGACUGCUACAAUGAAGUCUUCAACUUUGGGGAUGAACAGGCAGACUACUAUUUUGGGGCUACAUCUGAAGAGCAUCCGGGUUGGUCAGGAUACUAUGCCACAGUGUCUCUCCUGUUUCCAAAUUGCUCUGAGCUCUUCAGGCCUCAGAUUUUCUAUAAAGAAUUUGUUCAUCCAGAGCCUCUGUCACCUGAGAAACAUGAGAGCUUGAAAAAUAAGAAGGAGAGUGGAGGAAAUCACACAAUGGUGGCAGAUAAAACUGCAAUGAAUGCUGUUAUCAGAACUUGGCGAGAUGGGCCAUAUAUAUUUAUUGUGCAAAUUGGAGUUACAACUGCGAAGAAUUCUAGUACCAGUGUUAAAAGAACGGAGAAAACAACACCUUCCUCAUAUCAGAAUAAGCCCUUUACAAUGACAAUAGAACUGAAGGGGCCAUAUGAGUAUCUCUCACUUGCAGACUAUCCUCUGAUGAUUUUUUUCAUGGUGAUGUGUAUCGUGUACGUAUUCUUCGGGGUUCUAUGGCUUGCGUGGUCAGCCUGUUACUGGCGGGAUCUCCUGAGGAUCCAGUUCUGGAUUGGUGCUGUUAUCUUCCUGGGAAUGCUCGAGAAAGCAGUUUUCUAUGCAGAGUUCCAGAAUAUCCGCUACACAGGGGAAUCUGUUCAAGGAGCAGUAAUACUGGCAGAACUGCUUUCUGCUGUGAAGCGCUCAUUGGCUCGAACUCUGGUCAUCAUAGUCAGCCUGGGAUAUGGGAUAGUCAAGCCUCGCCUUGGAGUUACUCUUCACAAAGUAGUUAUGGCUGGUGCCCUUUAUCUAUUAUUUUCUGGCAUGGAAGGUGUACUUAGAGUCACAGGGGCCCAGAAUGAUCUUGCCUCCUUGGCUUUUAUUCCCCUGGCUUUCCUAGAUACUGCCCUGUGCUGGUGGAUAUUCAUCAGUUUAACUCAAACAAUGAAACUGCUAAAACUUCGAAGGAACGUUGUGAAACUGUCUUUGUAUCGUCACUUCACCAACACACUCAUCUUGGCUGUAGCAGCAUCUAUUGUAUUUAUCAUCUGGACCACCAUGAAGUUCAGGCUGGUGGACUGUCAGUCGGACUGGCAGGAGCUAUGGGUGGAUGAUGCUAUCUGGCGUUUAUUGUUUUCAAUGAUCCUUUUUGUCAUCAUGAUUCUGUGGAGACCAUCAGCUAACAACCAAAGGUUUGCUUUCUCACCACUGUCUGAAGAGGAGGAGGAGGAUGAUGAGCAGAAAGAGCCAAUGUUAAAGGAAAGCUUUGAGGGAAUGAAAAUGAGAAGUACAAAGCAAGAACCAAAUGGGAAUGUAAAAGCAAACAAAGCUCAGGAGGAUGACCUGAAGUGGGUAGAGGAAAAUGUUCCUUCAUCGGUGACAGAUGUUGCUCUUCCAGCUCUUCUGGAUUCAGAUGAGGAAAGAAUGAUUACACACUUUGAAAGGUCCAAAAUGGAAUGAAGGAGUAGCUUUUUGCUAUUGGAAGUGGAGACGCCUCUUGUAAAGUUGCUUGGUGGAGCGAAUGCAUCCUGCUGAUUUGUUUCUUGAUCUCAGCCUUGGAAGUCUGAUGCUUUAUUGUCAUGAGAGUAUCUUGCUGUAGAAGAAGUUCACAAGGACAUUAUAAACCUUUUGGAAAUUUGAAUUUACAACAUUGCUGCAAGUUUGGAUUUUUAAGCAAUUUAAAUGUGUACUAUUCCAGCACCUUCUGUAACUUUUCAAAUAUUUAAUCUGUGAAACUAAAAUUCCUAAUGUCCACUU